AUGGGGGACUGGAACUUGUUGGGGAAGCUGCUGGAGAGUGCCCAGGAGCACUCUACUGUUGUGGGCAAAGUCUGGCUGACAGUGCUCUUCAUCUUUCGCAUCCUGGUGCUGGGAACUGCAGCUGAGAAGGUGUGGGGUGACGAGCAGUCCGGGUUCACCUGUGAUACUAAGCAGCCUGGUUGUCAGAACGUCUGCUAUGACAAAACCUUCCCCAUUUCUCACAUCCGCUUCUGGGUGAUGCAAAUUAUCUUUGUCUCUACACCAACUCUUAUUUAUUUGGGCCACAUUCUUCAUCUGGUCCGCAUGGAGGAAAAGGAGAAGCAAAAAGAGAAGGACCUCACCAUCCAGAAUGAAAAGCAGCAGCAGUUACUUGGCAACAAGACCAAGAGGGCUCCAGUUAAAGACAACCAGGGCCACGUACGUUUGCAGGGCGCACUGCUGCGAACCUAUGUCUUAAACAUUAUUUUCAAGACCCUGUUUGAAGUCGCCUUUAUUGUAGCUCAGUACUUCCUAUAUGGCUUUGAGCUCAAGCCAAUGUACACCUGUGACCGCUGGCCUUGCCCAAACAUGGUUAACUGCUACAUCUCCCGACCCACUGAGAAGACAGUCUUCAUCCUCUUCAUGCUGGUGGUAGCCUGCAUCUCAUUGCUGCUCAACCUGGUGGAAAUGUACCAUUUAGGUUUCACAAAGUGCCACCAGGGGCUCCGCUACAGACGAUCACAGGCUGCAAGUCAGGCCCCCAAGCACUUAACUGAGGCAGUUAUGCCCUUUGUGCCGAGCUACAACUACUUUGCUGGUCAUCCUGCAGUUCCUGAGCCUUUCCUUACAGACUCAAAGUAUGGUAUGACAGAGCCAAACUCUGCUUACAGCCCCUACAACAGCAAAGUGGUUUAUAAGCAAAACAGAGACAAUAUGGCUGUGGAGAGGAAAGGUAAAUCAGAGGGAGAUGUUGUGAAGGAGAGGUUAACCUCCAGUCCUGUCUUUGAGAUGCCCAUUGAAAAUCAGCGCAGAAACAGUCAGUCAAGCAAGCACAGCAACAACAAGAGUAGACUGGAUGACUUGAAGAUCUAA